UCCAUCGCAGAUCACAACGUCUUCCUGUUAGCAUUAGCCAAGAUGGCGGCGGAUCAAGUUUUUAUUCCUCCACCGUCACUGUCAGCUAAAUUUGAAGGAUCUUUUGCGUAUCUGACGGUUAGAGACAGGCUGCCGACGAUCCUGACCAAAGUCAUCGAUACCAUUCAUCGAAACAAAAACAACUUCUUGGAGAAGCAUGGACAGGUGGGAGUGGACGCAGAGAAAAGAGCCAUAUCCUUCCUGUCCAAGCUGAGGAACGAGCUGCAGACGGACAAACCCAUACUGCCUCUGACCGACUCUGCAGACGACACAGAAGUGUGGAACCGGUAUAUGCAGAGACAGCAGGACCUGAUGGAAGACAGGCAGCCAGUCAGCUGGUUCAAGUCGCCUUGGCUCUAUGUGGAGUGCUACAUGUACAGGAAGAUCCAGGAGGCCUUGUGGCUCAGUCCUCCGAUCGGCGAUUUUGAUGCCUUUAAGGAAGUAAAAACGAAGAGCUUCUUCGAGUCCCAGCAAGCGAUCAUCUCACUCUGUACGUACCUCCGAGAGAUCCUCGCCAACACGGACACCUCGAAGAAGGAAUCAGUGUUCGAACAGUUCCUCAGGUUUCUGCAGGUGUCUCUGUGGGGAAACCGGUGCGAUUUAUCCAUCUCAGCCGGCCAGGAAAACUCCCAGAAGACCAGUCCGAUGGAUUCGCUGUCGGAUCUCCGGUGCUUCAUCCUAGUAGAUGAUUCGGAGAAAGUCUGGUCCAUGUUAACGUCUGUACAGGCUUCUGGAGGAACGGACAAGAGAGGAUUCAGACUGGAUAUCAUUCUAGACAACGCUGGUUUUGAGCUCAUCUCUGAUUUAGUACUCGCAGAUUUCAUGGUGUCUGUCGGCUUGGCAAAGGAAGUGCGUUUUCACGGCAAGUCCAUCCCAUGGUUUGUCUCAGAUGUCACCAAACAGGAUUUUGAUUGGACCCUAUCGCAAAUGGCAGCGUCCAAUCACAAUCACACAUCGUUCUGCGGCGCCCAGUGGAAGCGGCACGUGAAAGACGGCACGUGGACGUAUCAUGACCAUCGAUUUUGGACUUUACCGCACGAGUUCUGCGACAUGCCGGAAGAUGCGGCGGAUCUCUACUCCACGCUGCAGGGUUCCGAUCUGAUUCUGUUUAAAGGAGACCUGAAUUACCGCCGGCUGACUGGUGACAGAACGUGGGAGCACACGGUGCCGUUCGAACGAGCGCUCAGGGGCUUCCUGCCUGCUCCUCUGUGCAGCAUCAGGACUCUGAAGGCCAACGUACAGGUGGGAUUAGAGCCGGGCCAGGCGGAGAAACUCACCUCUCAGGAUGCCGAGUGGAUGACCAGCGGCAGAUACGCAGUGAUUCAGUUCUGCAGUCAGAACAAAGAACAGCAGCAGGGUUCUUAAAGAUGUCUAGAGAACAAAACAUUCAUUCAUUUCAAUCCAGAAUAAUUUCUCUUUAAUGUGUUGGGUUUUUUUUUAAUUCUUAAUAAGAGUCUUAUCAGUUAACGUUUUCAGACAUCCAGGUAGGUAACGUCCAACGUAUCUGGACAACCUGAAUAUCCGUCCUCACACCUGAUAGAUGUUCAGUUUGGUAAAACCUGAAAAAAAAUGCGUUACAUCAACCAACAGAACAUUGAACUUCAGCGCGAGAGAGAAACCAACAUGGAGGACGAACUGCCUUUAAUACAAUGAUAUAAUUGUAAUGUUUACUAACGUAUGAUGAUGUAAUUAAUCGAGCGUACAGCGUUCGGCUGUGCAAACACACACACACACACUGUACCCUCCUCCAUUUCCUUAUUUAUUCGUAACGAAUGAUUAGUUGUAUUGGUAUCGUAAAAUAAAAUGACUGCUUUUCACUAAACUUUGUCGACAUAGACUGCAAAGCUCACGUCUCAUACAUUUAUGCCGUAGUCGGUCAUGUUUUUGGAACGUUCACAAUGCUGUAGAUUUUCUUCUUUAAAAAAAGCUACAAUAAAAAUAAAGCUAAUAAAGUCAACGUUAAGGGCAACUUUAUAAUAGAAAUCCGAUGCGCAGUCGUCCGUAACAUCCGUAAACAUUUACUAACAUAACUUGAGGACGCAUCCGACACGUCAUGUACUUUAAAUAUAGACUUCUUUGGUUUGUUAAAAAAAAAAAAUGAAGUAAAUAACUGUAAAUAACAGACGUGAAUGAAUCCUGGCUCUCGAGGACGUUUGAGUAUUUUUUCAGUUCGCCUUUAAGAUGGUACCUCGAGUCCAGACACCUUGCCUUGUUUCUGCUUCAAAAAUAUUCUUUUGUCAGCAUGUAUUUAGUGCCAGAGCUUUUUUAUGGAUGUUAAUUAAUGUGAAUCCUGGUGUUUCACUGUAUUGAUGGUGUUUUACUAUUUUGCAUGAAUUGUGUUUAAAAGGACUGUAAUAGAACUUGGGAAAUGGGCUGGAGGUAUGUUUUAGUGACGGGAUGAUAGAGGUUUAACACACACACUGUGUAAAAUCUAAUGUUGUUUCAUGUUUGGUAUCUUUGUGUACAGCGUAUGAGUGCGGUUCAGGGUCAUUAUUGGGAGGGAAAAAAAAGGCAAAAUAUUUUAUAACUCAACACACUUUCUUUGGCCAUGGAUAAUAACCAAGGAGAAAAAACCCAACAAUGUAAUAAAAUUAAUUAAACAAUUAAAAGAA